AUGAAACCGGAGCCUGUUGAUCCUAUCUUCAAUAACAUCGAGGCUGCUCAGAACGGCGGCGAUGUUGCGAAAAGAGUCGCCGAACGCGAACUCGAUGGAGAAUUGAAAUCGAAAAGAUCGAGAAAUGCUUCGAGAAGAAGCAACAGCGAAGAUGAUUCUAGUUCCGAAGCGACUGUAAUUCAGCCGAAGAAAAUCAAACUCUCGGAGGUCGCCAAACUUUUGGAGGAAAACAGAAGUAAUGGAAAGUUGAGUAUUGCGACUAUUACGGCUAUGGAGGAGUUGCUUUCUCAGCAUGGUUACACAAAGCAUAUCACUCGUUCAACCGUUGAUGCAUCGGCUAAUGCGGUGAAUGCCGAGAGUGCUGAAAAACUUCCCACACCAGCCACGGUUCAGUCUCCAGCUACUCCGCCUUCUACGGCUUGUUUGGCUACUUUUACUACUCCGACUAGCAUUGAAUCGCGCUCUAUCACGACUGGCAUUGAUGGUCUUGCUCAUCCUGUUGGCGUUGAAUCGCACAAUACUUCAACUGUUGCACAACAAGCAGCUUCUUCAGGUCCAGUUGCUCAGGAAAAUAACAGUCCGAUGACUGUCCACGCUUGGUGGGGCGGUGAGCAACCUGUUCUCAAUGCCAUCACUUAUUUGGUCCGUUCCAAGUUGGAGAAUAAUCCCGAAGCGAACUAUGCAAAAUUGAGAUGGUUAUCUCUUCAGAUAUACGAACUAUUUCUGAACUCCGAUGAAUCAAUGAACCCGUUUCUUGAAUUCGUUUAUGGGAAGACCAAAGAUAUGUCUCGAGUGGAAAAAGCUGUGAAUUUCGCAAAGAGUGUGAUCAACAUGAAAGCUAGCUCAACCAAUGUUUUUGCCGGAUAUCCAGGCAAAUAA